AUGGCGCCGGCUGCAAAGAAGGCUGCAACGGGGGCUUCUAAGAAGAAGCUCCCGUCAAAUCCAGCGGGGAAGAACCCGAAGAAGACAACCAAGUCGCUGAUCUUUCAGAAGACCCCUCGAAACUUUCGUAUAGGCUGCGAUAUUCAGCCUAGGAGGGAACUAACGAGGUUUGUCAAGUGGCCCAAGUAUGUGCUUCUCCAGCGCCAGAGACGGGUCUUGAUGCAGAGGCUGAAGGUCCCUCCGGCUAUCAACCAGUUCACCCAUACUCUGGACAAGAACCAGACCGGCCAGCUAAUGCGCCUGCUCGCCAAGUACAAGCCAGAAACCCGCGGGGAGAAGAAGGCUCGGUUGAUUGCGGAGGGAGAGAAGCAAGCUGAGGGCGCUCAGGCAACAAGCAAGAAGCCCGUCAUGCUGAAGUUCGGGCUGAACCAUGUCACUGACCUUAUUGAGAUCAAGAAAGCCAAGCUUGUCGUCAUUGCCCAUGACGUUGUUCCCGUAGACCUCGUCUGCUGGCUCCCCGCCCUAUGCAGAAAGAAGGACGUCCCCUACUGCAUCGUCAAGGGAAAGGCGAGGCUCGGACAGCUCGUCCACAAGAAGACAUGCGCCGUCAUUGCCGUUGAUGCCGUCAGAAAGGAGGACCAAGCUGAGCUGGAGGCGCAGUGCAAGAACUACCGAGCGAUGUUCAACGACAACGCCGAGCUGAGAAGACGUUGGGGAGGCGGCCAGUUGGGUAUCAAGUCACAGCACGCACAAGAGAAGAAGCAGAAGCUGAUUGAUGCCGAAAUGAGAAAGAAGGCAGGUCUGCAAAUAGCGUAA